AUGUCUUUCGACUUCGAGGGAUUCCGCCAUCAGCAAGUCCUCAACAACGCAGAGGCCCUCGAGGAAACGAACAUCGGUGCAGACCUCAAGCAUGUCCACGCACACGUUCAGGCCAACAAGCCAGCAUCCGGACCGGCGAGCGGCAGGAAGAAGUCGAGCGCAGGGACGAAGAGGAAGUCGGCGACGGAGGAUGUGGGAACUGCCCGCGAGACGAGGAGUUCGAGGAGGAACGCACCGAGGGCUGCGCGGGUCGAGUUGACGGAGGCACAGAGGGAACAGAUGGCGAAGGAGCAAGCUGAAAAAGAUGCUGCCGAGGCGGAGCAGCUUCGCAUUCUCAAGCACAGCGACCGCAACGUCGAGGCGAGCGAAGGAGGCGUCAAGAUGGCCCUCGACACGGACUCGCUUCUCGCCGAGUUCAAGAAUCUCGCAUCUUACUCGGGCGGAACCGGCGGCGACGAUGGCUCAGGCUUCGGCGGAAACGGCAGUUGGGCUGUCGGACAGCGACCGGUCAUCGAGACGGAAAAGUUGCGGAAGGAGAUGGACCCCCUUGAACUGCGAGCGAUCGUCAAGAUCAUCCCUGAGCGUAUCUACUCAAUGGUCGUCCACCCCGACACGCAACGCGACCUCAUCUUCGCCGGCGACAAAGUCGGAAACGUCGCUCUCUGGGAUUGCACUGACGCCGGCAAGCUCGUCGGGUCGGUGCAGUCCUCGUCGGUGCGGGACGGGGCCGCAGGAAUCGUUGGCGCCGACGGCGAGGACGAGUGGGAGGAUGAGGGCGAGGAGGAGCGAGUGUGGGGCAAGUGGUGGCAUUGGAACGCGCAUACGGGCAGGAACAGCAUCUCGUGGCUCAAGUUCCGCCCGAACCAGCCUUCCUCGAUCUACCAUUCUUCCUACGACCGCACGCUCCGCGUCACGCACUUCGAGACGGGCAUGUCGGAAGAGGUGAUUGACGGCGACCGCUGGUCGGACGAGGCGCUUCUUCAUUCCUUCGACUUUGACCCGACGGGCAACGAGCUGUGGGUGUCGGACAACAAUGGCGGGUUGAUCUGGCGCGACUUGCGGCAACCGAAGGAGUCGGCGAAGCGUUGGGACAUCGACCGGUACAAGGUCGGGUGCAUCAGUAUCAACCAGGCCAACCCGAACCUCGCCGCGACAGCUCACGUCAAGCGCAACAUGUGCUUGUGGGACCUCUCGACCCUUCGCGGCCUUCCGGAAACAGCGGAACCGACGGAAGUGCAGGAGAAAGCGCGCAUCCUCGCCUUCGAGCACGAGUACGCCUGCUCGUCCGCCUAUUUCGACCCGACCGGCACGCGGCUUGCGACCACGAGCUACGACGACUCGAUCCGAGUCUGGAACGUCGAGCCGAGCAAGCCGCGAGCCAUCACGCGCAAGAAGUUUGAGCCUCUCCACCGCAUCGCGCACAACUGCCAAGUCGGACGCUAUGUCACCGUCCUCCGCGCGCACUGGUCAACCGUCCCCUCCCUCCCGCCUCACCUCCACGUCGGCAACAUGCAGCGCACCAUCGACCUGAUCUCGCCCGACGGCGUGACCGUGAAGAUGUUCCACAACCUCGACGCGAUCACCGCCGUUCCUGCCGUCACCGCUGCGCACCCGACUGUCGCGGGCAAGUAUUACGGUGGCGCAGCGAGUGGGAAGGUUAGCUUCUGGUCGGAUCCGCUGGAGGAGGACUUCGAGUGA